UGGGGAUUUUUAGUAAUUUUUUUUCCUCUCUGCUGUAUUUAUUUUUAUUUUUCUAAAAUUUAUCAUGAGUUUCUCUAGUUAUGUUUGUUUGUGUUUGAUUUUUCUAUGCAUUAUUGGACAUGAAUGUAAUGCUAUUUGAGAAUGGGGAAAAAAGAAGUAGUGUUUGAAGUUGAAAGUUGAAAAAAAGUUCAAAUUUUGUGAGAGGUAUUUGUUGCUUGAAGUUGAAAAAUGGUGUUUGGAAGUUGAAUUAGUUUGAAAGAAGUUCAAAUUUUGUGAGUUGUAUUUAAAGUUUGAAGUUGGAAGUGGUGUUUGAAAGUUGAAAUUGUGUUUUCACAUGAAGAAAAGUUCAAAUUCUGUGAGGAGUAUUUGGAGUUUGAAGUUGAAAAAUGGUGAGUUGAAUUUGUUUGGAAAAAGUUCAAAUUUUUUUGAGUUGUAUUUAAGUUUGAAGUUGGAGGUGGUGUUUGGAAGUUGAAAUUGUGUUUUCACUUGAAGAAAAGUUCAAAUUGUGUGAGUAGUAUUUGGAGUUUGAAGUUGAAAAAUGGUGUUUGGAAGUUGAAUUUGUUUGAAAAAAGUUCAACUUUUGUGAGUUGUUUUUAAAGUUUGAAGUGGUGUCUGGAAGUUGAAAUUGUGUUUUCACUUGAAGAAAAGUUCAAAAUAUGACUCGAGCUGAAAAUAUAUUGAGUGCAAUCGUCCUUCCAAUUCUAGAGAUUUGACACAGGCAAAUUUUUACCAGUACAGCUUUGUAAUUCAAUCUAUUGCUUCCAGAAGGAAAUAGAAUCCAUUGCCAUUUGAAAGCUUGCUUGAUGCUGGGGAACUAGAAGAGGAUACAGGAUUGAAACUACACGAACUGUUAGCCAUUAGCUAUGAGCAAUGCAUGCGUUUCGAGAUUCAGCAGCAUUCAGAAAACAGCUGUCCCAUUUCCUGGCAGAAGCUAUCAUGGCAUUGUUUUCUUGAGGAACUUCUCAACUUUGACAGCACCAUGUAUCUCUCCAAGCAUUCCUCUCAGUUAUCCUCCACCAUCAGUAGUUUCAGUGGCCUGCCUAACCCAAUCAGAUGCUCCACAACGUUCUGAGGAGUGGUUUGCCCUUCGCAAAGACAAAUUAACUACAAGCACCUUCAGCACUGCUUUAGGACUCUGGAAAGGAAAUCGACGAUAUGAGCUUUGGCAUGAGAAGGUAUUUGCUCCAGAAGUCCAAUUACUACCAUCUCCUAGCAGGAGUGCCAUGGAUUGGGGUGUUCUCAUGGAAGCAGUAGCCAUAGAACGCUAUAAAAGCAUCACUGGUCGUGAUGUGAGCUCACUCGGGUUCGCAGUCCAUUCGGAUGAGCGAUUGGAUUGGGUUGGUGCCUCCCCGGAUGGUCUUCUUGGAAGCUUGCCUGGAGGUGGGAUCCUGGAAGUAAAAUGCCCAUACAACAAAGGUAAACCAGAAAAGGGCCUCCCGUGGUCAACUAUGCCAUUCUACUACAUGCCUCAGGUGCAAGGGCAAAUGGAAAUCAUGGACAGAGAUUGGGUUGAUGUGUAUUGUUGGACACCAAACGGGAGCGCAAUAUUCCGUGUCUACCGAGAGCGGAGUUACUGGGAGUUAAUGCAUGGAAUUUUAUGGGAAUUUUGGUGGGAUAAUGUGGUUCCUGCUAGAGAAGCUCUUAUAAUGGGAAAUGAAGAGGGUGCCACAGCCUAUAAACCAACAUCAACACACAAAAAAACAGGACUUGUCAUUUCAAGAAGCUUGAAGUUGGCAGGAUCGCCUUAUCCCCAAUGUGGGAUUUUUCUAGGCGAAUCUUUGAUCAAGUCAAGCUCCAAUGCAAGUACUGGACACUAGGUGGGAAACCAAGUGAAAACAUGCGAAGUUGUACGCUUGUUUUCUAGAGCUUGGCAUGUUGAUAGCUAGUCUAUAUGGUCGAAGUUGGGACAGUUACAACAACAUACACCACAUUGUGUUGGAGUUCCACUUGUUAAAGUUUUGAAAUGCAGCUCGGUAGAUGUUCUACUCGAGUUGUUUCAUGUUUUACGUAGGGGUAUUUUCGUCCAGAUGCUAUUUUACGAAGAUGCCUGAAGAAACCAUGUAACGUUAUUCGAGCAUUUCGAAUAGAUUUUUCUGCAUUUUUUCAAGGCUUUAGAAAGUAGAUACAUACUUCUGAAUUAUAUUUGAAAUGUAGCUAAACUUUUGAUUGUUGUUGACUCAAAAACUGGCCAUGCAGCCACAUUUUUAUCUAGUUGAUAUCAAAAUUGACUUGCUGAUGCAUUAUUGAAAUUUU